AUGGAGGCUGAUGCAUUGGCAAUAUCAAUUGUUGAUUGGCACAUGGUGUUUAAAGCGGUGGAAAGUGUAACUCCAACAGGAGGAGUAAGUCUGGAAUCUCUAUGGACCGGAAGUGACACAGAAAAUGACCUUGUCGAGUCAGCUAUAUCGGUCACUAACACGCCUGCCAAUAUAUACAAGUCCAGUGCUGUUGAGGCCUGGUCUAAUGACUUUACAUUUAUCGAUAUGGUCAAAUAUUCCUAUUUCACUGGAGGAGUUGAGAAAGCGUGGGUUGUUUUUGAUGGAGUCGGCACAACAAAAACAACAUGGUUCGCGGACAGUAAAAUCCUUUUUUCACGGUACACAGACAUCACAACGUCCGGCAAAACUACUGUCAGUAUAUCAGGGGACUCGACUAGAGCAUUUGCUGUCAUUUACCAAAGCAGCAGUUGCACGUCGACAACUGCCUGGAUGAUGAUGUUUGAUUACGGAAGCUCAAGUACAUGUAAUUCAUUUGAGAGGGAAUCCAAUGUUGCCACAAAGCCCUACUUUCUCUACAGUAAUACAGACGUUUACGGCUAUCCUCAGUCGUCGUCUUCAUGGGACAGCACGAACUUUCCAAAGGCAGAUGUCAUGGGCGUAUUUAUAAAAGGUUGGUUCCCCGUACUGAAGGUUGCUAGAGGCGUGGACAUUUCCCCAGCGACGGGUAUAUACGAUCUAUGGAGCAACACGUAUACGAUGAAUGAAUAUAAUGAUACCGAUCAAGCAUUCUCAUUUGCAAGCAACACUAUGCCAUUUAAAUCAAGCCUGGUUGACACCUGGUCGAGCUACUACAUCAGAGCGGUACGGGUGUCUUUUAUCGUCAGUGGAACAGAGCGGGCGUACGUUGUUUUUGAUGCCCAUGGUUCGAACAAAACAACAUGGUUCUCUUGUGACCGAAUUUUGUACACAUCCUGGACGGAUCUUGGUAGAUACGGGAGAAAGGACUAUUGUAGUAUCGCCGGAGACUCAGCAAAUAGUAGAUACUUCUUCAUGCAGUCCUCAUACGGCAGUGCCUGUGCCACACAUAGUGGGUGGUUUGCGGUUACAGAGGCUGGUACUGGAUGUUCAUGGGAGACACAAACAUCCGCUCCUUUUGCCCUUUACAGCGACACAACGACACUUGAACUGAAUGACGGAAUGGCGAUAGCUGAUGUGUUUGCUGUUUCUGUUUCCAUGGAUAAUAUUUGUGAUAUUGUCACAUGUGAAAAUGGCGCCACCUGCCGUGACUGGGGAGUCACAUAUAGCUGUCUAUGUGAGGGCGAACAUUACGGUUGGCUGUGUCAGAAUAUUGACGGUAAUUACACAUCAUGGACGGACUGGAGUGACUGUUCUACGACAUGCUAUGCCGAGGGUACUCACUACAGGACAAGGACAUGUACUAAUCCAACUCCGCUAGGGAUUGGACACGACUGUACUACAUACGGAGAACCAUUACAGACCCUAAGAUGUAUUCCAACGAACCUCGAUAUUUGUUCAGAAUACAACACCGGCGAAAUAGCAGAAGACACUUCAUACUACAUGGUUUGUCCCCCUAGUUUUUAUAUACAUGUAUACGCGGCAAGCUAUGGCAACGACAGCACGUGCUAUGAUACCAAUGCGCUAGAAGACAUGAGAGCCGCUUGUCACUAUGCUGACAGACACAUGCAAUGUGACAUUCUCCGACACGUUCUUCUCAGGGAAUCCAUGUACGUCAUAUCCGGGGGCUGUUGUGACGGGAAGUGCAAAAUUUUACUGCGCAACCUGGCGACUAGCGUUCAAAGUGCCGAGUGGAACAGCUCCUCCCUGCCGGUUAUGCUGAUAUCAUGGCACUGUACGACGCUUCUGGGUCAUACAACGAGUUUGACACGGCAGCCAUGA